AUUUCACUCAUUUCACUCUCCAAAUUCGUAUUUUAUUUUACACCUCAGUUGGUUUUGUUCCUUGUAGAAGUAGACAACCUAGUUGAUCUUUAGUUUUUUAUUCAAUUAUUUUUUACCUUGUUUUGUGAUUCUUGCACUAUUUUUACCUCCUGUACUACCCCCAUCAUGGCUCAAGUUACCAAAACCCCUGUCCAGGUGCUGAAUGAGCACUGCGCUAAAGCAGGCAUUCACCCCCCCAUUUUCGAGUAUACGCAGACACAAAUUCUGCCGACCACUUCGUUUCGUGCGGAUUGCGGCUUAACAGUUGGUCAGACGCAGUAUAAAGCUAUUGGAGUGGGUCAGAGAAAGAAGGAUGCACAGCAUGACGCUGCAAAGAAUAUGUUUUUGGAAUUGAAGAUCGGGAUGGAUGAUUACAAGAAGUUUGAACUUUUGGCAAAACCUGCCAUUAUAAAUGAUGAGGUGGAACAAUGGGCUGCAGAAGGUAUCCGUGCGUCUGAAAUACGUGACAGUCCUAGGCGAUGUGUCGUGGAGGAAGACGAUGAGGACUCAUUGUAUCCACAAGCUGGAAUUGGAAAUCCGAUCGCUGAUUUAGAAGAAUUUUGUCAUAUUCAACGAAUUCCAGCCCCACAAUAUGAUAUGAACUGUCAGCAAGUUGGGCCUUCCCACUGCCCUAUCAUGACUGUUUCUUGUAGUGUUGGGAAUUUUAUGCUUAAAGGACGGUCCAAGACAAAAAAGUUAGCAAAGAGAAUUGUAGCAGUGAAAGUAAUCUUGGAACUGAGGAAGAAGAAAGCAGAAGGUUCCUUGAAAGAGGCCGUGAUGGAUGUUCCAACCGAGAGCGUGGAUAAUGAUGACAUUGUCCAGAAUUUGUCAUUAGAGGACCAGGACCAGGACCAGGAAAGCGUACCUUUCACCCGGUCCAAAACCAAAACUUAUGAGGAUUUUUUGAGGGAAAUUAAGUUCAAUGGGGAUUAUGAGUUGGCUAACAAGUUAUCGGAUCAUCCAGGGCAGCAUUUCCAACGAUUACUUGCGUUUGCACGAAAAGUUGAUGAAAACAAUCCACUGGUUGGAAUACCACAUGGACUUUUUAAAGAGUGGUUGAUUGCUCACGAAAAAGGUAUAAAGGAAUUUUAUGCAGAGUUGAAAAACGAAUUGCGAUUUGAAGAGCAAUGGAUAAUUUUUAAAAGCGGUGGGAAAUUUAUGGUUAGUCUUGAAAUUACCCUUCCGGAGAUUACCACUAAACCAAUGUUUGUGAGCAUUAGUGUAGAACUGGACCAGGCGAAGGAGAAAGUUACAUUAGAUUGCAUAACUUAUUUUGGAACCAUGACUGUGAUGCGGAAAAAAUUAUUUUAAAUACAAACCUGUCUGUGAUGUUGGUGCUUAUCCUGCCAAUAAUUUCAAUAGUCAACAUUCCCAAUAUUGCUUAUAUUUAUAUAGUUUAUCACUGUUCUUAUUACACAAGAAUGUUCAAUAUAAUAUGUCCUUACUUAUGCUCAAUAAUAAAAAGUAUACUGCGGAUUUGGUAA